AUGAAAGCAUUGAUUUCAUCAUACAAAACAAUUAUAGAGCUAAACACUCACAAAACUCAAAUUGUUCGCCAUCGCGACAUUAACCCGAAGAACAUUAUGGUCAAUGCCGACGGUGUAGCGUUCAUUAUUGACUUCGGACAGUCUAAAAAGUCUUCACCAACUUCAAUUAUGCAGAGUGAACGUACAGUACUUCGAGGAACGGCUGCAUAUCGACCAAGUUUUUCAUACAAUGAGGGUGUUGUUCUUUAUAGAACCAUUUAUGAUAUCGCUGGCUGGGCCAGAAUAUUUAUCUCAGUUGCAGCUAGCGAAUGGCUUGAAACUCCAACACGCAUUCCUAAAUUAGAACCAAAAAGUCCGAAAUAUUACAAACUCUUAAAACCAUUCUUGGAGAUUGAUGAUAACGUUAAUUUGGACUGGCAACAAAACCUCGAAGAUAUUAUUAACAACGCUUCAAACGUUUUACAAGACCCAGAACAGUUAAGAGAAUUCUAA